AUGAAUGUUGCGGCCGUGCAUACGACUUCGCAGAGCUUUACACAUUUGUUGUAUCUGAUCGCAGCAAACCCCGCUUGGGCGGCCACGCUCCGUGAGGAGAUCGAGCAGGUCAUCGAGCAGUAUGGCUACGACAAAGAGUCACUCGAUCGCAUGCGCAGGCUCGACAGCUUCAUUCAGGAGUCCCUCCGCUUCAACGGUCUUGGUGUGUUGGCCUCGACGAAGCUCGCAUUGCAGGAUUUUGCGCUGUCCGACGGAACUAUCCUCCCCAAGGGCACAUUCGUCGCCGCACCGCUCCGCGCAAUGCAUCACGACGAUGGGAACUACGCGGAUGCGGGCACCUUCCAGCCUUGGCGCUUCUAUCGCGAAGUAGACGAGUGUGGCGGUGAGGCGAACGCCCAGUCGAUGACCACCACCACAACGACGUACCUGAGUUUUGGACACGGCAAGACUGCCUGCCCUGGACGCUUCUUCGCCGCCCUCGAGUUGAAGAUGAUUACGGCGAACCUGCUGCUGAACUAUGACGUCAAGCUCGAAGGUGACAGCACCGAGAUCCCACCCGUCUCGUGGUAUAUCGCCUCCCGUGUGCCAAAUAUGAAAGCCAAUGUGCUCUUCAGGCGCAGGCAAAAGGAUUGA